AUGGGUGAAGAAUCUUUACUAAUGGUCCCCUUUGCUUCUUCUCACACAUCCGUUGCACAGGAACAGACACAGGCAAUUGUUGCAUUAAAGAAGGGUGCUCAUCUCUUCAAGUUCAAUAGCAAAGCCAAACCAAAAUUUUGCCUUUUCAGGUUAUCUAUGGAUGAGAAAUAUAUGAUUUGGUAUUCUGGACAAAAUGAGAAACAACUCAAAUUAAGCUCAAUAGCAAACAUCAUCCACGGCCAAAGCAGCACCCUCGACAAGGAAAAUCGGACGUGCCUCUCACUUAUCGAUGCAAAGGGCAAAUGCUCGCUUCAAUUGAUAUGUAAGGACAAAGUCGAGACAGAGUCUUGGUUUAUAGGAUUAAGAGCGGUGAUAUCGAGGAAUUACAGAAACGGAAGCGUGAAGAAAUUACAGAGAGGAACACAAAGUUGUAUCAACAGCCCAGCUUCUUUUAUGAGAUGGAAGCAAAUUUUAGGACAUUCUGAAGAGUGUAAGAGCAGAUCAUCUCAGGUUCACAGUUUACGUGGAAGCCCCACAUCAUCAAUUUCAGCAAGGCGAAGUUCGAACGAUCCGAUCCAGCCAGGUGAUUUAGAACUUUCCAGAAGCACAUCUAAGGAAUUGCAUAUCUCGAAAGACGUUUAUAUUUGGGGAGGAACAAAAUCGAACGCUUUGCUGCUGCCUAAACUUUUGGAAUCCACUACAAUGCUCGAUGUACAUAAUAUAUCUCUCGGAAUGGAAAACGCCAUGCAAUUAACGACGAGGUGGGGCGAAGCAUAUUUUUGCUGGGGCGAGGGCAAAACCGUAAAAACACUCCGUCCAAAAAGGGUCGAAUCACUUGUUGGGGUCCACGUGGACCUUAUUAGCUCCGGCGAACACCAAAUGUGUGCCUUAACUCUUUCCGGCGAGCUCUACACAUGGGGAAACAACAAAUAUUACUAUGGCAGUGAAGAUAGCAAUAGUUGGCUGCCACGUAGACUUUCCGGUUCGUUGAACGGUGUAUAUAUAACUAGUGUUGCAUGUGGUGCAUGGCAUACUGCGAUAGUGUCGAAUUCCGGCGAGUUAUUUACGUAUGGAGAUGGAACGUUCGGUGUUCUUGGCCAUGGGGACGUUCGAAAUUACCCUAACCCUAAACAAGUUGAAUCGAUCAAGGGUUUACGUGUAAAAGCAGUUGCAUGUGGGCCCUGGCAUACUGCUGCAAUAAUCGAAAAUAAGUUAUUCACGUGGGGUGAUUCGGACAAAGGAAAGCUAGGACAUUCUUGUAAUGAUAAAAGAAAAGUAGUAUUGGUUCCAACUUAUGUUAAGCAACUAUUCGGUCACGAUUUCGUGCAAGUAUCGUGUGGGAAUACUAUAACCGUUGUACUCACAAGCAAAGGUAGGGUUUACACAAUGGGGAGUGGAUUAAAACCAGGAGAUAAUUCGAUAGUCGAAGUGCAUGGUAGGCUUACCGAAGAGUUUGUAGUGGGAAUUUCGUCGGGUUCUUACCAUAUCGCUGUCUUAACUUCGAAGGGAAAUGUUUAUACUUGGGGAAAAGGCGAAAACGGGCAGUUAGGUUUAGGGGAUACUAAAGAUAGAAUGUCUCCGAGUUUCGUUGAUGCCCUUAGAGGGAAAAAAGUCGAGAAAAUUACGUGCGGAUCGAGUUCUACAGCUGUUGUAUGUUCGGACAUGUCUUUGGCCGGUGAUGGAAAUUUAGCUUGCAGAGGUUGUGGUGGCGCUUUCGGUUUUACGAGGAAGAAACGUAGAUGUUAUAACUGCGGCCGUUUGUUUUGCGGUGCAUGCAGUAGUAAGAGAUCUGCAUGCGCUUCGUCUCUUGCUCCGAAGGAGAAUAGGGCUUUUCGAGUUUGUAACGGAUGCUUCGAUUAUUUGCAAAGUAGUGUUUCUUGUUCUUCUUCGGUUGUGUUUUCCAAGCUGGCGGCUUAUAAGGAGUUGCCUAGGUGGGGCCAGGUUUUGUGCCCUCGAAAUUUUACGGAAAUUUUUGAAGGCUCGAUUUCGAUAAGAGCUCCUCUUUUAGGACAUGAUCACUUAUCUUCAACGGCUGCUGCCUCAAACGUAGAUAAAAUUGUCCUUCUCGAAGAAAUCGUGAAGCUAAAGGCCCGGGUACGUAUAUUGUUAAUAUAUUCGGUUUUCAUAAAUACAAGAAAAUUGAAAUGAUAAUUUAUUUAUUGUUGCAUGCAGGUUGAUAGUCUGGAAAAGCUUUGCCGAACGAGGGAAGAGAAAAUUAUCGAGAACCGAAAAGAAACCGAGAAAGCUUGGUCUGUGGCAGAGGAGGAAACUGCAAAGUCGAAAGAGGCGAAGGAAUUAAUACAAGCAUUGACAUUAGAGCUUUGUGCAAUGUCGGAGAAGAGUUACGGCAGAUCACGAGAAUCGGAAAAUAAACCGGAUUUUGCACUUUCUCAGACAAAGAUACAUCCUGUUCUUGAUGUUGCUUGUUUGCCAAACAAGUUUGAAGACAAUAAUAUUGUUUUCUCGAACAAGUUUAGAUCUUUGUGCAAUAGAAAUCUACGUUCCGAUAUCGGAAGAACGAAUCCCGUAAAAAUGGGAUCGGAAUCUUCCGAGUUAGAAUGGGUAGAAGAGCAUCAACCGGGUAUAUAUAUUUCAUUCACAGCAUUGCCAGACGGAAAAACGUGUCUCAAGCGAGUCAGAUUCAGUCGAAAAAAUUUCAACGACAGAGAAGCAAAGAGAUGGUGGGAGGAAAACCAACAAACCGUGUGCCGGAAUUAUCGAGUUGAUGUUUAUUCAGCCUCAGACACGUAGGAGACAAACACGAUGCAUGAUCAUAAGUACGACAUUGUAGAUUUUACCGAAUGAUGCCUAAAUAAAAUUUA